GUCAAUGGAUGUUUUUUAAUAUGUGGUGCUGAGGAUCGAAUCCAGUGCCUCACGCAUGCAAGCCAUGUCUGAACUCAGUGAUGAAGCCAGCGAGCCGGAGCUCCUGAACCGCAGCUUGUCCAUGUGGCAUGGGCUGGGCACACAGGUCAGCCAGGAGGAGCUGGAUGUCCCCUUGGAUCUUCACACAGCUGCCUCUAUUGGCCAGUAUGAGGUGGUGAAGGAGUGUGUGCAGCGGGGAGAGUUAGAUUUGAAUGAGAAGAACGGUGGUGGCUGGACCCCGCUGAUGUAUGCCUCCUACAUUGGACACGAUACCAUCGUGCACCUGCUGCUCGAGGCAGGGGUGAGUGUGAAUGUGCCGACCCCAGAAGGGCAGACUCCACUGAUGCUGGCCUCCAGCUGUGGCAACGAGAGCAUCGCCUACUUUCUCCUCCAGCUGACAGCCUGGAGGGCGCUGCUGUCCGCCCACCCACACAGGGAAAUGGGCCAUAACCUGCACUCUGUUCUCUCGAAGCAAGGUGCAGAGCUGGAGAUGAAAGACAUUCAUGGCUGGACUGCGCUCUUCCACUGCACCAGUGCCGGGCACCAGCAGAUGGUUAAGUUCCUCCUGGAUAACGGAGCAAACGCCAACAUAAGGGAGCCAGUUUAUGGAUUUACUCCUUUGAUGGAAGCAGCUGCUGCUGGCCAUGAGAUAAUCGUGCAGUAUUUUCUGAACCAUGGAGUCAGAGUGGACACAAGAGAUCAUAGUGGAGCCACAGCCCGGAUGCUGGCCAAACAGUAUGGACACAUGAAGAUCGUGGCCUUGAUAGACACUCACUCACCUGCUCUGCCUAAGAAUCUCUACCGGAGCCCAGAAAAAUAUGAAGAUCUGAGCUCCUCAGAUGAGACUUACCCUGUUGCUCAGAGACAGAGGCCCUGUCGCAAGAAGGGCCUCAGCAUCCACGAGGGCCCGCGAGCCCUGGCCAGGAUCACAGCAGCUGGACGAGGAGGCGAGGCCCCGCAGCCCCGCUGUGAGCAGGUGCCGCCACGGGGCUACAUGACCUUCACCAGCAGCGACGAGAACCCCCUGCAAGGCGAGGGCCUCUGCUACCGGGACGUUACCUCCCCCAUCAAUGAGCGGGACGUGGAAAGCAGCAGCAGCAGCAGCCGGGAGGAACCUGCUUUCUGUGCCAGCCUCGGGGCCGUGCGAAGCAGCAGCAGUGAGGGCCUGGCGAGAGCCCAGGGGCUCAGCAGUGAAGCCUCCUUGGAGAGCAAUGAGGAUUCGGAUCAUGUCCGUAAAAGCUCUGUUCGCAGACAAACCAAAAGUUAUGUGAAAACCAAGAAUCGUUACAGCACCGGCGACAUCCAGUGGCCUCCCUGCUCUGGGACUUGUGGAGCUUCCUGUUCCCCAAGAUUUGUGCCCCAAGCUGAGAGGUCAUCCUAUACAGGACCCCAGGACCUUGCAGCACUGCUGGAGCAGAUUGGCUGUCUGAAGUACCUGCAGGUGUUUGAGGAGCAGGAUGUGGACCUCCGCAUCUUCCUGACCCUCACCGAGAGCGACCUGAAGGAGAUUGGCAUCACGAUCUGCCUUCUGAGAGUGCGUGUCUUGGUGUCACCGGGUGUAGCACACGGACCUUCUUGGAUGUUUACUCGCGUCUGUGAUCAAGUUUGGAAUGUUUCAGCCAUUAGUUCUUCAGAUGCUCUCCUGUCGCCUUCCUCUCUCCUGGGACUCCCGCGGUGUGAAUGUGGGCACCCGGAUGGUGUCUCACAGCCUCUCUUCACCUUCCUUCAGUCUUUUUUGUUUCUCAGAUUAAAUGAUUUCCAUUGCUCGAAUCUGCCUUUGAAUCCCUCCAGUGAAUUUAUUAUCGCAGUUAUUGUGCUUUUCUGCUCGUCUCUUUUUCAGUUUCUCUGUUAAUAGUUUUAUUUUGUUUUGACUUCUACAUCUUUUAGCUUAGACCGCUGAGCAUCUUUAAGAUAGUUGUUCAAAAGUCUUUGUCUAGUAGAAUAUGUCAGGUUUCAUUCAGGGACGGUGUCUUGGUUUUUUAUUGUCUUUGUCCUGUGUUUUUUUUUUUGUCAUUCGAAACAAGACAUUUGAGUCUCAUAUCGUGGUAACUUUGGAAAUAUUCCUUGUUAGCUGUUUUUGUUACUUUUUUUGCUGUGGGCUUCUCAGGCUUUUUCUGAGCCUGUGCCACCUUGUAGGUAUAUGUAGUGAUUUUCUUGUUUUUCUUGUACAUGAAGUUGCUUUUGAAUGUCCUAGUUUUAACUGACUAACAGAAAAACAAGAAGGUACCACCCUUUAAAGCCCCUUGGGAGUCACUUUAGCCAGCUUGUGGGUCAGGGCUUGCAGCAUGGCCAUGGCCUCCACGUCUCUGAUCUUUGGAGGACAGGAUCUGCACUGCCCACCCUGGUUGCUGUUAGCUGCAGGGGUAAGAGGCUGGGCCUGGGUAAUUGCCAUUGUGCUAGGAGAUGAACUUAAACUGACUGCACUUGGCACAGGGCCUUCUGUAGCUCCAGAGCUCCAAGACAGCUACUCACAUUAUGCCAGUACAGGUGUCUGAGUGGGGAGACAGAUUGCUGGUGACCUGGAAUCCUCUGGGCUCACUUCUGAGAGUUUCAUGAGCAGAUAGACACUCUUAUCCACAGGGGGACCAGCAGCAGAGACUUUUGGAAGCUGUUUCUGUACUCUGCCCCAGGGUCCCAGGGCGAUCCUUCAGAGCCAAGAGUUCCCUAGGGGACGGCCUUGGCAGCAGGUUGGCUCGUGGAGUCCGUGUGAGUGUAGCACGUGCUGACGUGCAUCCUUCUCUGACC